AUGUUUUGGAUUCCAUCAGCAAUAUUGUGUUUCAUUUUAAUCGCAACUCUUGUUAAAAAUUAUGAUGCAAAAUUGCGAUAUGCAGAGUGGACGUCCAAAUUACCAAAUGAGAUUUCAAUAGAUGAUGAUAGCUACAUCAAGCAGAAAGGACAGCAGCUCACAUUUGCAUUUCCUGGUACAAAAUGGUGUGGUCCAGGAAACACGGCAUCGAGUUACGAAGAUUUGGGGAUCGAACGAGAAACUGAUAAAUGCUGCAGGGCUCAUGAUAAUUGUGAUAAUAUACCGGCAGGAGAAACUAAGAACAAUCUUACUAAUAAUGGAAUGUUCACAAGGUUGCACUGCGAUUGCGAUCACGAAUUUUACGAUUGCCUAAAAGCAGCAAAAUCAAUGGUGUCCAACGAGAUGGGCUUCUUAUAUUUUAACACCAUCCACACAUAUUGCUAUAUGGAGGAGCACCCGAUCAAAGGAUGCCAUACUCGGAGACAAUGGUUUCUCCAAAGAAGAUGUGUGGAGUACGAUUUUGAUACAAGUCAACCUAAAAAAUGGCAAUGGUUCGAUUUGCCCAUAUGGAAAUAG